AUGCCACCUCUCCAAAAUGCCUCUCCCAUCCCGCACAUCCACGCCCUCUGCAUGGACGACAUAUACAGCACCGCCCUCCAGGCGGCAGUCGCCUCGUCGGACAGCCUCUCGUCCAUCUCCAUCACAUACCACAACUGCGCCCUAUCCUUCGUAGAGGCCGAGUUCGACCUCAUCGUUUCCCCCGCAAACUCGUAUGGCCGGCUGGACGGCGGCUUUGACGACGCCAUCUCGCGCUCAUUCUCUCCCCGCGACGACUACCUCGCGCUCACGAGGGCCGCUCAGGCCAAGCUGUACGACGAAUGGCGCGGCUUCGCUCCUCCGGGUACCUGCACGCUGCUUCGCAUCCCCGACGACUUUCACGCGCGCUCGCGGAACACCUGGGGCACCAAGUAUCUGGCGCUGUGCCCGACCAUGCGCGUCCCGCAGAGCAUCACCUGGGAUCGUGAGGUCAUCUAUGAGUGCACCUGGAGCCUCUUGUGCGCAGUCGACAGACACAACCGGGCACAGCAGAAGCAUGACGAGAUCCGCAGCCUGCUCAUGGUCCCCAUGGGGACCGGCGUGGGAGGCGUGAGUUCAGAGAAGUGGGCAAAUCAGACGGCUCUUGCGCUGGAGCAUUAUCUCGAUGCCGUGAACAAUGAGGCCAGAUGGAGCGCACUUGAGCCAGACGACAUUACUGACUAUGCGCGCGAGGUUCAGGAGACCUGGGGGCUCUGA